GCAGCCAGCUGGCGCGGCUCGGCCCGGGGGUCUCAGGUACCUUUGCAGGCGGUGAGAGGACAGCUUGGCAUGGAAGGCCGAGCCCGAUCCCCUCCGAGUUUGCGGAGCACGCUGAAGGAUCCGGGUGCGCCCUGCCUCUAGCUGCACCCUAGCGGCGUACUCACGCCCUUCCCUGGCGGGCAGCAGGGCGCGGGCGGUUAGACAGCCUCGGUGGAGCCGGGUCCAAGGCUCCCUUUCUGAGGAUUCCCCUUCUCCCAGUGCUGGAAAACCAAAAGAAAAUGGCAUAACCAAUGUGUUCCCAACUCUUGGGACUCGGGACUUGCUGAUCAAGAAUAUGGCUGAGGCUCUCACCCAGUGGGGAAAGCUGAACCCUUCUCAGGGAGAUGUGCCUAAGAAGUGCAGGAAUCUGGUGUUGCUGGGGCUUCCAAUUUCCAAACCUGAUGUGAUCUCUCAGUUGGAGCAUAGGGAAGAACUAGAGAGGGAUGUCUCAAAAGCAGCCAGUCCAGAGUGGGAAACAGUGCCAGAAAGCAAGAAGCUAACUCAAGAGAAGCAUUUUUCUGAAGAGGAAUCAUCCCCUGGAGUGUUACUAGAGAGUUUUCCAGAGGAAGGAUCCAGGGACUGUGAAGACUCUUUAGAAAACCAGUGGGAAAACCAUGAAAAACACCCAAUAUGAGAGCUGGUCCCUCAGAAGAGACUUUCUGUGAAGAGAAGCCUCCAAUGUGAUGAAAUUAUGAGAAAUUUUAGUCAGUGGUCAUUACUUGUUCAACACCAAGGAGAGAGACUUCAUAAUUGUGGUUCGCUUAAGACCUUUAAAAAUUCAGCUAUGAUUAAACAGGGGGAAACCUGGGCAGGAAAGAAACCUUGGAAAUGUAACGAGUGUGAGAAAGCCUUCAGUUACUACUCGGCCUUCGUCUUGCAUCAGAGAAUUCACACAGGAGAAAAGCCCUAUGAAUGCCAUGAAUGUGGUAAAGCAUUUAGCCAGAGCAUACACCUUACUCUACACCAGAGAAUUCAUACUGGAGAGAAGCCCUAUGAGUGCCAUGAAUGUGGGAAGGCCUUCAGUCACCGCUCAGCCCUUAUUCGGCAUCACAUAAUUCACACUGGAGAGAAACCCUAUGAAUGCAAUGAAUGUGGGAAGGCCUUUAACCAGAGCUCAUACCUCACUCAACACCAGCGAAUUCAUACUGGAGAGAAACCUUAUGAAUGUAAUGAAUGUGGGAAGGCCUUCAGCCAAAGCACGUUCCUAACCCAGCAUCAGGUCAUUCACACUGGAGAGAAACCUUACAAGUGUAACGAAUGUGGCAGAGCUUUCAGUGAUCGUUCAGGCCUUAUUCAGCACCAGAGAGCUCAUACUGGAGAGAGGCCUUAUGAGUGUAGUGAAUGUGGGAAGGCCUUCGGCUACUGUUCAGCCUUGACGCAGCAUCAAAGAACUCACACUGGGGAGAAGCCCUACAAGUGCAGUGACUGCACCAAAGCCUUCGGUGACCGCUCAGCCCUUAUUCGUCAUCAGAGAACACACACUGGAGAGAAGCCUUACCAAUGCAAGGACUGUGGAAAAGCUUUCAGCCAGAGCUCAUCUCUUAUGAAACACCAGAAAACUCACACUGGAGAAAAACCCUAUAUGUGUAAAGAAUGUGGAAAAGCUUUUAGCCAGAGCUCAUCUCUUUCUCAACAUCAGAAAACUCAUGCUGGAGGGAAAAGCAAGGCAUAUGGACAAGCCUUCAGUGAGCAUUCAGUCUUUGGCCAACAAAAGAGAAUCCAUACUGGAUAAGUGUAUGACAUUCAAAGUGAAUUUUUUUUUUGAGCAUUUACCAUAUGUUAUGAGGGCUACAAAGAAAUGUAAGAUGAUUAUCUUAUAAGUUAUUGAGGCAUCUGCUGAUGUGGGACAUAACUCACUUAGGCUAUGAAAGGAGGUUUUAAAUUUUUUUUAAAGUUAUUCUUUUUUAAUAAUUUAUUUGUAGUUUAUGUACAUUGGUGUUUUGCCCACAUGUAGGUCUGUGUGAGGGCAUCGGAUCCCCUGGAACAGGAGUUACAGGCAGUGGUAAGCUGCCAUGUAAGUUGGGGGUUAGACCUGGGUCCUUUGGAAAAGCAGCUGGUGCUCUUAACUGCCGAGUCAUCCCUCCAGCCCCGAGGUUUACAUUUUUAAAAUAAUUCCUGGAUGGAAGACACCAAAAGGAAAUUCUCUUCUAACGUCCUGAUGCGUGCGUGCGUUGCCACAUGCUUGAGAGUAGGAUACAGCAUUGUGGAAAGAAGACAUCUUACUCGUGCUAGAUAGUCUCUGAACACUGAGGAAAUAAGUUCUAAGGAAACACGUGGGCAUUUUAGCAACAGAAAUAAAAGACUGAGAAUUCACAGUGAGCGUGCCUAGGAUCCGGAAUGGUAGAACCGUUGUCCUUCAGCCUUAAGCACAAGAACACAGAAGAAGUAGAUGGAAAAGUCAGGGGAAAGAGUUGAGGGGUGAUGGGUGCGGUAACUUAGUGUUGACAGCCAGAAGAAAAUAGUCGACUUGACGGCUGCUCUGUUCAGAGCUCACGUGAGGGCAGCUUCCCCCUAAAGCUGAGGAAUAUUGGCAUGGAGGCCUGCUUCUGUGCUUUUGUCUUUCUGUCUAGCUUUUAAGAUGUAUACUUGGAAUCAUUUUAAUCCCAAGGCUGAAAACUUACAGCUUAGUUAGUUUACGAAAGAGACCUUUGAUAUGUUCAGUGUGUUUUAAACUAUCUGAGUUACCUGAGAAUAUUUAUUUAUAAAGAUUUACCUCAACUAUAAGUAGCUUGUACCUUGCAUUUUUUUAAUGCCAUAGAAAAUGUAGAUUUGCACUGACAAUGCAUUGACUGUGAGAGCCUUGAGAAGACGGAUAUGCUUGCCUUUCUCCAUUAUACUCUUGGACUAGUGGCAGGUGACUUUGAACAUGCACGUUUUUAAUUGAAAAGGUGAAGGUUAGUAUUGGAAACAUCAUUUGAAAGUGGCUAUUUUACUUUCGGGUUUCCCUGUGCUGUGUCUCGGUGUGGAUUACUGUUUUGUAGUUGUUGGGCUGCUUCAAUCCAUAGGUUUAGAAACUUUACCAAACAUGGAGAUUUUUCAGCCUGGUGCCAUUUCUUCAAAAUUACAUUUUUUAGCCCACUACCCUACCUGGUCUCCAUUUCUGGAUUUGGAUGGCAGAACCGUUAGCUCUGGUUGUAGUCUCACAAGUUUCUGAGACUGUUCGUUUUUUUUAAUUCAUUUUUUUCUAUUAGUCUCCUUGAUCUGCUGAAACAAAAUCUCAUAGAUUAGGUAGUCCAAGGACGGUGUCUCCCAGAGUUCUGGAGUGUGAAGAGUCUAAGAUUAGGAUGCCAUCUGACUCCAUUUCCUGCCAGACUUCUGACUCACAGGCAAUUGUCUUUCCUUUUUGGUUUUAUAAGGAUCUUAUGUUGCAUGUAGUCCAGGCUGGCUUCAGAUUCUCUAUGUAGCUAAAGAUGGUCCCCAUCCUCCUGCAUCCCCUCCACACAUGCUGGUAUUAUAGGCCUGCACCAUCUUGUCUUCUUGAUGAAUUCUGACUCUCUCUUGGUUUGUUUUUGUUUUUUGAGACAGGGUUUCUCUGUGUAACUCUGACUGCCCUGGAACUUGCUUUGCAGACUAGGUUGGCCUUGAACUCACAGAGAUCUGCCUGCCUCUGCUUCCUGAGUGCUAGGAUUAAAGGCAUCACCACCACUGCCAGGCUAUGAUUAUCUUCUUGAUAUGUCUUCAUGCAGACUUUUGUUAGUGAAUGUAGAGGGUGAGAGAUAGAGAUACUUCUCUCAUUAUGUUAUCAGUCCCAUUAGAUUAGGACCCUACUCUUAUAACCUCACUUAGCCUUAAUUACCUCUUUGAAGUCCUAUUUCUAAAUACAGUUUACACUAGGAGCUCGGCCUUCAGCACACAGUUUUUAAGGAGACCCAAAUGUAUUCCUUGUCAUGCCAUUCCUGCCCCUUCCCACCUAAUUAAUGUCCAUGCAUGAAAUACAUACAUUUGCUUCAGCCAUUUCCAGAGUCUGGAAUCCCAGCCCCAGCUGUAAAGUCUAAAGUCCAAAGUUUGGUCUAUCACCUGAAUCAGAUAUUUGAUUAUCCAUCCUAAGCUAUGCACCCGUGAAACUAACUAAGUUAUGUGCUUCUAAAAUACUAUGGUAGGACAGGCAUAAGGCAGACAUUCCUACACCAAAGGAUAGAAAUGCAAAUGAAGGAAUGGGUGAUGGAUGCCAAGCAAGCUCAAAACCCAGCAAAUUGCACUAGAUGGUAAUAUAUGAGAAUAAUCCAUUUUGGCUUGAUUCACAGCUGGUGAACCUGUUAGUGUGACAGUCCUUCCUCUAUGGCUCUGCCAGAUAGCCCCACCCCCCGGGCUCUGCAGGGCAGUCUCAACUGUCGGGUUUAUGGUGAAGGCCAUCUUGCCUGUUGAAACCAAGAUGAACUAGUUGAAUUCAUCUAUGAGCUACGCCCAUCACUUUACUAGCUCGGGAGCUGUACCCACCAUCUCAUCAAAUGGCUGUCCAGACACAGUGUUAGCACUUUCUUCCUAGCACACUUUCUCGGGUUUUCCCAUGAGCAGAAUUUCCCCAUACCUUUCGAGUCUCAUUUCUUCUCGAUUAACAUUCCAGUGCAUUAGUUCAUCUGUCCCAUCGCACAUCUUAACAACUACAAGCAGUGAGACUCCACUCUUCCCUUUGGGUACCUUAUCUAGAAGUUGCUGCUCUAUACCCAGUUCCAUCGCUCUCAAGGUCUUCCUUCCACAAAACACUAGUGUGUUCAUCAGACAAGUCUAACAUCAUAAAAAGUUCAUCUCUAGUUCCAAGAGCAUGUUCCUCUGUAGAUGAAUUUCUAAAUGGUCUUAUUAAAUAAAAAACACGGAGUUGGAUAUAGAGGUUAAAGCCUGAAAGAGAUCAGGGAAAUAGGGAAAGUCACAGCUAAACUUAUCUCACCAACUCAGCAGCUUCCAAAGGCGAGUUACUUCCUGUCUACUUAGGCCUCUAUGCCUUGCUCU